AUGCCCGGAGUGCUGUCGUUCGGGGUGGUGCAGAGAAGAAGGGGUUGGAUGAGGAGGAUCUUGAGGACGCUUUGGAGGCUGAUGUGUCAGGCGAGGCCUUACGCAAGCGCCUGUGGCGGCUUUGCAAGGCCGACUCUCGGGGGAAGCGCAUCAAAGCCAUCAAGGAGUACUGUUCCCAGAGAGCUGGGUACACAAAGAAAGACAAGUACGAGGAAGGGGUGCUUGUUUACUGGGUCGAAGCUGAAGUGGAGGGGGAGUGGAGCAAGAAAACCGGGACAUCCAAAGAAGAGCUGCUCCACUACGAGACCGACAUGCCAGCAGAGGAUGUUGCUGGCUUUGCUUCAGCCGGCCUCUCUUUUGAUGGGCCAUCUAUGCUAG